AUGGAAAACAAAAGAAGCCCUUGCUCAGUUGACCAUGGCAGUCUCAAUUCUCUUGCAACCAAAAGACACAAGGCUGAUUUUUCCAUGUCCACAAAGGAACGGAAAGAGAAGGUCGGGGAACGUAUUGUAGCUCUGCAGCAGCUUGUUUCACCAUAUGGGAAGACUGAUACUGCAUCUGUCCUCAUGGAGGCAAUGGAGUACAUACGUUUCCUUCAUGAACAAGUUCAGGUUUUGAGUGCUCCAUACCUCCAAGGUGCAUCAACAGCUCAAAUUCAGGAAUUAGGGCAACACAGUCUAAGAAACAAAGGUUUAUGUCUUGUACCGAUCUCUUGCACUGCCGGCAUUGCUCGUAGCAACGGUGCAGAUCUCUGGGCCCCCAUCAAGAGCCCUCCUCCCAAAUUCAGUAAGGCUAUCUCACAAUUUAAUUGA